AUGCCCAUGACAGGCAUGCCGCCUGGCCUCGCAACUCUUCUACAGGGCGCUGCCACGCUCACAGGGGAUCGGGAUGCGGAAUGGAAGCUCACGCGACCUAUGUCUGGGGCUGGACCGGCAUCCAUGGCAACGUUGCUCGACGCGCGUCUCUCCCAGUUUCGUGCACAAGCAUUACCUAUCCCUUGCUAUACAACAGAGUAUGCAUCUGAGAAAUCGCCCCUUGAGCGAUGCGAAAGUGAGACAGGGUGGAAUGCCCUAGCCUGCCUUCUGUCUCUCCAUCAAGAGGCACAACGGCCGACGCACACGACGACGUCUGAUGCGCCUCUUUUUGGCGUCAAAGACUUGGCGAUCCUCAAGAAGCUAGCAGCCGUGUGCUUUGCAUGGCUCAUUGUGCCGCUUGUGGACACAUAUGAUCAAGCCUACGCGCACGAUGGUGUAGCAGAAAUUGACGACGACACUGCGUGGCGUGGCAUUAGGGAUGGUCUAUCGAACGUUGUCGAUGCGUUAGCAGCGUGCUUGGCUGAAGGCCCCAAGCAGGCAUCUACCGCACUUCCUACCACGGACCUGGCACGGACAGAUGUGGCUGUCAUUCUCGUUCGUAUUUACAUGGUGGACAUUCUUCGCGUGCUUCUUCGCGUAGCCUAUGGCGACGGGCAUACGAAGGCAGAGCUGGCCCAGACGACGCUGCAUCAUAUGCUCGAUGCAUCGCCUACACUCACUGUGCUAAGUGUUUUGCGAGGUGUAGCCAUGCCAAGCGCGCUGUCCCAAGCGAAGCCACGUAUUCCGGCGUUUGUGCGUGAGCAUGCGACGCGGCUCAUGUCUGUGCACUUGCUACGUCCAGAAGGCGUACGGUCUUUCUUGAUUGGCAUGUUAGGUGCAAACGACAGUGAUAUGCUACGUGGUGAUGUGGAUGAUACGCUGACUGAGGGCGAUGCUUUGUACGAGCGUCUCAAUGGUAUUGCACGUCUCUUAUCCGUCCCGCCGCGCGGUAUGCAACGAGGUGCUUAUUAUGAGGCGAUUGUGCCGCAUAUUUUCAGCGUCGUGGAUCCAAGUACGCCCCCUGGCAUGACACCUGUCCACAGCAUCCAUCGUCGUGCUGCUGCCUUCGCCAUAAUGCGCAUGUACGAAAACGAUGCGAACGCCAUGCGUCCUGUUUUGACUACCUGCUUUUGGGACGUCUUAGGAUCAGAUUCGCUACCAACGCCACAACAAAUCGAUUCCGCUUUGCGUAGGCUAAGUGCCUUGAUCACACUAGCGCCGCCCUCGCCGGACUGGAUUCAUGCCCUCUGUCAGCCUAUGUUGCAUCGAUUGUGGUCCCUUGAUACGGCGCUCCAUAUGGCUCGACACGGCGUACCCGUCGUCGAAGAUACGGUACGCACACGAGAUAUGCAGGCGCACGAUGUUGAGCAGGUGCUGCAUACAUGGCUUCGCAUGGGCCAAGCAGAGGCGUUGUCCACCUCGUUGUUCACGGCGCUGGAACGGGCUUUGAGUGACUCGCUCAGCUGGGAAAGCACGUCGGAAGGCCUACACUUCACUGCCCGCCCUUCCUCCAUGCCGGACGUUUUGUCACAUAUGCUGAACCACACGUUGUCUUUGGACCAAUUGGCACAGCGCAUCCACGCCUCCGAUACCGACAAGGACGAGACGCAUACCCUGCCUCCUCACUUGGCUCAAUCGCUCGCGUUGCCUGUAGACCCUCAUCGCGUGGUCCUUCUCCUCCAGAAAGCACAGCGCCCACCUCUCGGUAGUGCCUUGCUCUUGCUGAGCCUGGACGAGUACCGACGAACGCAAACAGAACUGGCCUCUGGUUUGACCUCCGCUUCGCAUGCGGAGAUGGAGCGGCGCUCCUUGUUUUUCCUACAAUUGGUCUUCCACCUCUUCGAUACGUUCGGCUCGUCCCUGAUGGACGGCGAUGUGGAACGCUUGCUGCAACUGAUCGAUGUGGCCUGUGCGCCAAGCCACGCGAGCGAACCUGAACUCACCAAUGCAGCGCUGCAAUUAUUGCUCUCGCUUCUUGAGCGCGAUCCGACACUGAAUGUAUCCUCGACCCGUUUGCUCCGUGUGCUUGCCGACCGCAUUGAGACGUAUCGCGAUGCAGAGAACGAAGAGACGCGCGCCUUGAGCCAGGAAGUGACACUAGCCCUGGCCGCCCGAGCUCAUCAAGCGCCUAGGCCUGAGAAAGAGGCAGUCGCACGGCCUGCGUACAUGGAUGUCUACCAAGAAGCCCUGCAGUACUUGCAAGAUCCCAUCUUGCCUGUCCGUGCCCACGGCCUGCACUUGCUUACCCAGUUGGUGUCCACAGACACCAGACAUCAUGAUGUACGUUAUGGCGACGAGUUGGAUCCGGCCUUGCUCCCUGCGAUCUUUGAUUUGUUCUUACAGGCCAUUCAAGACGACGAGAGUUUCCUGUACCUGAAUGCUGUGCAGGGUUUGGCCCAUAUGGCCGCCAGUCAUCGUGCGUCCGUACUCGGACCUCUUAUGGCCAUGUAUAUCGGCGGCGACAAAACCAAGGAUGGCAUGGCACAUGCAAUCUCGUAUGGACAGACAUUAUCUCAACGCGAAACAGAUCAGCGUUUGCGCAUAGGCGAAGCGAUGCUGCAAGUGCUCCAGCAUCUUGGCGAGGCGGCCGUGGUGGAGUUCCCUCGUAUUGUCGAGCCUUUGCUGACGGCCAUACGCAACCCCCUGUUCUCAGCCACCUUGCGCAGUUCGUUUCUAUCAAUACUUGGGACGUGUGUGGAGAUCUCACCUGAAGCUGUAGCUGCUAGUGGAGCGGCAGCGUCCAUGGUCAAUAUGAGCCUCGAGAUAAUCAAGCUGACGUCGGAACUGCGUCCAUUGCGUACGCGUGCGAAAGUACGUGCCCAUGUCUCAGGUACAAAAGAUGGCCAGACCUUUUCACACGCUGUGGAUGACGAUCACGAUGAUGAGGUGCUUGAAACACUCUGGGAAAAGGACCAAGCCAGCGGCGUGGACGCUGAUCCCAAGCGACCCCAGCUACGUCGCUCCGCGCUGCUUCUGCUCGCGUUGCUGGUACGCACGUCUUGCCACCAGAUGGACACGUACAUGGACCAGCAACAACGAGGUCAUCUCGAUGUAGAUCAGCCACUGCAAGCGCUGCGCUUGCCUGGUGGUGGCAUGCUGCCAUCCAUCAGCCAUGCCCCGUCCCAACGCACGUCGCUGCCGCUACCUACGCUCCUCGUAUCGGCCACCUCAGCGAAUGCUAUGAUACCCGUCGUCACUUACCUUUCACAAGAGGACAGUGAUGCACUCGCGCGACAACAAGCGCAAGAUGUCCUAGACGAAAUCCAACGUUGGCAGACGCUGUACGUUCAAGUCGCAGCGUCUGCGACCCCAUAG